UUUAGUGUUAUUAAGAUUGGCGAAAUUCAAACCCGAAAAAGCCAAAUGGGUAAACGGGUAGACGAAUUGGGCCACCUGUUGAUUAUAAUAUUCUAUCCAAGUUUUCGCCGUUUCCAUGUAAAAAACUCUGUUCAUUACCUUCUUAGAACAGCUAGAAGAAAAAAUGGCGAAAGCAACAGUUUGGCAAGCUUCUUUUACAUCAUAUUCUUCUUCUUAUCACAAAUUUUUUACUCCAAGAAAUCCCACGGUAGCAGUUGGUUUUUUGCUUUCUUUGUCACCCAGAAUUCACACUCUGUCUUCAGCGUUUCCUUCAUUUUCCAUCAAACCAAAACGACCCAAAAACUCUUUUCAAGUGAGAUCUGUGGCUGCUCCUGCAGAGGAUGUUGCAGGGUUUGAUGAAAUGGUGUUUGGGACCGAACGUAAGUAUUACAUGCUAGGUGGCAAGGGAGGUGUAGGAAAGACUAGUUGUGCUGCUUCACUAGCUGUUAAAUUUGCAAAUAAUGGACAUCACACUCUGGUGGUUUCAACUGAUCCAGCCCAUUCCUUGAGUGAUUCUUUUGCUCAGGAUUUGACUGGAGGGACACUAGUACCAGUUGAAGGACCUGACUUUCCCUUGUUUGCUCUUGAGAUAAACCCAGAGAAGGCUAGGGAAGAAUUUCGAGAUGCAACUAAGAACAAUGAUGGAACUGGGGUCAAAGAAUUCAUGAAUGGCAUGGGCCUUGGGAUGCUUGUGGACCAGUUAGGAGAGCUGAAAUUAGGAGAAUUGCUUGACACGCCACCUCCCGGUUUGGAUGAAGCUAUUGCAAUUUCAAAGGUGAUGCAAUUUCUUGAAUCACCACAAUAUAGUAUGUUUACUCGAAUAGUUUUUGACACUGCACCAACGGGACAUACAUUGCGACUUUUAUCAUUGCCAGACUUCUUGGAUGCAUCAAUAGGCAAAAUAUUGAAGCUUAGAGAGAAGAUAGCUUCAGCCACCUCAGCCAUCAAAUCUGUUUUUGGGCAAGAAGAAACCCGUCAGAAUGCUGCUGGCAAGUUGGAGCGACUGAGGGAGAGGAUGAUAAAAGUGAGAGACCUUUUCCGUGACACAGAUUCUACAGAGUUUGUCAUUGUCACAAUCCCCACGGUGAUGGCUGUCAGUGAGUCAUCUAGGCUACGUGCCUCCUUGAAGAAAGAAAAUGUUCCUGUGAGGAGACUUAUUGUUAAUCAGAUUCUUCCUCCAACUGCCUCUGACUGCAAGUUUUGUGCAGUGAAAAGGAAGGAUCAAAUGCGUGCUCUUGAAAUGAUUAGCAAUGACCCAGAGCUAUCCAGCUUGAAGUUAAUCCAAUCACCCCUAGUUGACAUGGAGAUUAGGGGUGUUCCAGCACUUAAAUUUAUGGGGGACAUAGUAUGGAAAUAAGCAACCACUAGGUUCAUCUUAAUACUGGAUGAUCAGGAAUUAACUGGAGACAUGAAGACAACAGUUAAUAAGCAGCAUUAGCCAGCACUCCUAGUAAUCCAGCAUUUGAGAAACCAGAGAUUUUGAUAACAAACUGCCAGAAAGCAUGAAAUAGGAUGACGGAAGAACUUCAGCCCUGAACUCUCUUAGAGCCAAAAGUAUUGUACCUUUGAAACUUUGAUAUAGCUCUAUAAGAUAGCAAAGAUGACAUACAUAAUCUUUCUUAUUACUGUUUCCGGACGUGCAAUAUUGAUCUAUGUUACAUGAAUUCUUCACUUUACCUUAACAUAGUCGUUUCUGACGUUUCUUGUCUUCACAUGGUUGUCUGACAUUUCUUGGACACUUCAUUAUUUAUUCGAGUAUGAAACUUUAAUCUUCAAAAUUAAUAUAAAAAAUUGUCAAAAAUGCUUGUUCGAUACCUUAUCUCGAGUCCAACACCGAAUCCCAUGUCAAGGGGUUAGCAGGUUAGGUGGAAUAUGAUUUAUGAAAUAUGAAAUACUUUGCCAUUGAAUUA